UAAGAUAUUUGAUUUAUUCAUGGUGAGAGUGUAAAAAAUGGCAGCCCUUAAAGAUGUUGUCUCCUUAUAUCAGAAUUUAAAACGCGAAUGGACGAAAACUCCAUGUAAUCUAAAAAAAUGCGGUGAAUUACUUAAUCAAUUAAAGAUUGGUCUCACUCAUCUAAUGUUUCUCCCGACGUCAAACAGCACUGCUAGUCAAAAUGAAUUGCUGAUUGCCAGAGACAUAUUAGAAAUUGGAGCACAAUGGAGCAUUGCCAGUGAAGAUAUACCUUCAUUUGAACGAUAUAUGGCACAACUAAAAUGUUACUAUUUUGAUUAUAAAUCUGGCAUGAUGGAGUCAGCUUACAAGUAUCAAUUGCUUGGUUUAAACCUUUUGUUUCUAUUGUCGCAAAAUCGAGUUGCCGAAUUUCACACAGAACUGGAACUUCUGCCUUCUGAUCAGAUACAAUCAAAUGUUUAUAUAAGGCAUCCUCUGAGUCUAGAGCAAUAUUUAAUGGAGGGUUCAUAUAACAAGAUUUUUCUGGCUAAAGGCAAUGUGCCUGCUGCAUCCUACAAUUUUUUCAUAGAUAUUUUAUUGAAUACCGUGCGUGACGAGAUCGGCGCAUGCAUGGAAAGCGCAUAUGACAAGAUCUCUAUUCAGGAUGCUGCCAGAAUGCUGAAUUUAAAUACAGAAAAAGACAUAAAAGCAUUUGCCGCUAAAAAGAACUGGAAUCUGACGAAAGAUGGUUAUUUCUACUUUACCACAACUAAUGAGAAGAAAUCUGAGGAGCCUAUUCCGAGUUCCGAAUUGGCAGCACUUGCGAUAGACUAUGCUCGAGAAUUGGAAAUGAUUGUGUAAUGUUUAUGUAACUUUGUAUUUUACAUUUAAAUAAAUAUAAUAAAUACCUAUAAAUAGAUAUUGCUCUUA